CUGGUGAAAUAAAAGGAUAUAACGAAAGGGAGACAAUAGGUUUCCUAUUACCAUAGGAACAAGAGUAAACACGGAAGUUAAUACAGUAGGCUAUGGAUGUUUUAAACUGGUGGAAAUAGCCAACACCUAUCUGCUAACAGUUAAUUCUCCUGUAAGAAUCCCGCAACAAGAUGCCCAAGUUUGAGGAGCAAGAAGCCCAUUCAUCCUGCCGUGUCCACUGCCCCUCCACACCUAUAACUCCUGUCCCCAGCGACCUGAUUGCCAAAAGAUACAGCAUCCUACAGAGAUUGGGCAGAGGGAGUUUCAGCACUGUUUACCUCGUUCAAGACACUAGAGCAAGGGAUGGGGAGAAACUUAAGGUGCUGAAGGAGAUCCCUCUGGGGGACCUGCGUCCUAACGAGACAGUCCAGGCAUCCCAGGAGGCUCAGCUCCUGUCCCAGCUCCACCACCCAGCCAUCAUCACUUUUUAUGGCAGCUUUCUGCAUAGAGACUCCUUCUGCAUCAUCACUGAGUACUGUGAGGACAGGGACUUGGACUGUCAUCUGGAAGAAGUGAGAGAAGCAGGGCAGAGCUUGCCUGAGACCCAGGUCACUGAUUGGCUGAUCCAGCUGCUGCUUGGACUCCACUACAUGCAUAACAGGCGCAUCCUCCAUAGAGAUCUGAAGGCCAAAAAUAUCUUCCUGAAAAGGAACAUAGUUAAAAUCGGUGAUUUUGGGGUGUCCUGUCUGCUGAUGGGGUCAUGUGACCUGGCCACCACCUUCACGGGCACGCCUUACUACAUGAGCCCUGAAGUCCUGAACCACCACGGUUACGACUCCAAGUCUGAUAUCUGGGCCAUAGGCUGUAUCCUGUAUGAGAUGUGUUGCCUGUCACACGCCUUUGAAGGACACAACUUCUUGUCAGUUGUGAUGAAGAUAGUGGAGGGAGAAACCCCCAGACUGACAGACAGAUACUCUCUGGAGCUCAACACACUCAUGCAAAGGAUGCUGGAGAAAACCCCGUCAUCCAGGCUCUCUGCUGCAGAAGCUCUGAAGACAAAAUUCAUUGAGGACAGUAUGCAGGUUAGAAAGAGACUUGCUGAGGAGAAAUACCAGGAAAACCACUUCCGAAUGCAGGAGCUGAGGAGCCGCCAUUUCGAGAAAGUCAGUUUGGACGUCUUGAAUGAGAGUGCAGGAGAUGCAGCCCACCAGACUGCACCAAUCAAAGCUGAGGACUACCGGUCGCUGGGUUGCUCACAACCAAUGGGAAGGCAGCAGCAGGACAAGAUGCGAAUGUCUGAGCCAGUAGGGCGUGAGAUCCCAGAGGACCCUCAGACUGCAGAGGUGUAUUAUUACAUGGAUGGAUUUGAGUCCUGCACUGAUGAAGAGGAGGAGGAAAGAGAGGAAGGGGACACUGUGACCUCAGAAACCCUCUGUCAUACCUAUGGACAGGACAGCGACCUGGAGGCCAUGAUGAGACACAUGGAGCAGGUUCUGGAAGGAGAGCUCAGUGUGGCUGAAGCAGUGCCAGAAGAGGGCCAGUGGGUCCCCAUGGGGCCUCCAGUCAUCAACAGCACCAUGGCUGAGACAAGGAUUCAGCGCAUGACUGAGUCAGUGUCCCGUCGGCUGGGUCUAACCGUCUUCCAGAGGGUGUAUAACUACCUGAAGGGAGCCAGGGAGAGGCAGGAGGAUGAGGGGAGCAUCAGACAGGCCCUCAGCAGCCUGGUGGAGAGGCCCAGUGAUGGCUUUGAAGUGGACCAACUACUGUACUAG